UUUGUUGAUCCACCACACAAAGCAAACGGAAAAAGAAGCUCUCUCUCUCUCUCUCGCUCUCUCUGUUGCUUUUCUUUGCUUGUUUCUUUGUGGCAGCGAGUAUGGAGAUGGAAGCCACGGAGGAAGCCAUGGAUGUUGGUCAUGGCCGCGUCGUGAGAGGGAAGAGGACGAAGAGGCAGCGGCAGUCGCCGCCGCUGGCAAUGGGAAGCACCUCCAACGACGAGCGGCUCCUUUCGUCCCCGGCAUCGACGACGUCCACCGGCGAGGACAACACCGAGGAGGACGAGGACAUGGCAAAUUGUCUGAUUCUGUUGGCGCAGAGUGGCAGGGGGGGGGGGCCGUGCCUCAAUUCGGCGGGGCCGCCUGAAGCUGCGGCCGAGCCGAGGCCGAACGGGAGGCGGGGGGAGUUAUACGAGUGCAAGACCUGCAACAAGUGCUUCCCUUCGUUCCAGGCACUGGGAGGCCACCGGGCGAGCCACAAGAAGCCGAAGACCGCUGCGGCGGCGGCGGCGGAGGAGGAGAAGGAGAAGGAGAGAGCGGUGGUGGCGGAGGAAGAACGGCUGGGGCUGGUCUUGAUGCAACAGCAACUCGGGGGAUCAGGGACCAAGGUGGGAGGGAAGGUGAAGGUGCACGAGUGCUCCAUCUGCGGAUCGGAAUUCACGUCCGGGCAGGCGCUCGGCGGCCACAUGAGACGCCACCGCGUGGUGCCGGAAUCACCCGAGUCGAAGAAGCCCAAGAGCGUCUUCACCCUGGACCUCAAUCUCCCCGCUCCGGACGACUCCGACACAGUGGAGUUCUCCAAGUUCCAGACCGGAUCAGAAUUCACCAGGGAGCAGCCGAUCAUGUUUGCGGCCUUGGUGGAUUGCCACAAUUGAAAAAGGCGGAAGAUGAGGAAGAACACAACCUAAAAGCAGCAGCACCAACAACAAGAAAUUGCGAAUUGAAGAAGAGAGACAAACAAACACCUCUCUCUUUCUCUAGGUUGGGUAUCAUUGGGAAGCAAAAUGGAAUUGGGUAUCAUCUUUGUUAGUAAAACAGUUACAAAUUGAUUAAAUUCUUUAAAAUUUUCUGUUUCUGGAUCUACAAUUGUUAUAAGUAUUAUUUUCA